AUGUCACAAGAACCUUGGCGUUCUAAAACUGAAAGUGUCAGUUCACUGGAUCGAUUAGCUAGAAGUACCUUAUCAAUGGAUUUACCUGAAGCUAGAAGUUGUCGUGAAGCUCGUGAACAAAGUCGUAAAGAAAUGCAUGUUUUAAAUGAAAAACUGGCUUCACAACUUGAAAAGAUGCGUAUUUUAUCGGAACAAAAUAAAAAAUUAAUGAAUGAUAAUGGUUCAAUUAAUCGAUUAUCGAAAGAAACUGAAAAAAUUCGUUCAAUGUACAAUACAGAAUUGAAACAAUUACGACACUUAGUUGAUGAAUGUGAACGUGAGAAAGCAGAUAGUUUAGCUAAAAUUGCUCAUUUACAACAGACUAUAAGAAAUAAACAAGAUCAAAUUAAUCAAUUGAAUCAAAAUAAUCAACGUUUAGCAAAACAACUUGACGAUGCUUUAAAAGAAUCCAGUAUUAAAGAUGCUGAUAAACUUCAAUUAGAACGUCAUAUGAAACAAGCAGAAGAAGAAGCGCAUCGAUGGCGUACAACAGCUGAACAACAAAAGCAAGCCAAUAGUCAGUUGCAUAAAAAUUUAGAUGAAGAAACAGCUAAUCGUAUGACAUGUCAAUCAGAAAUGCAAACAUUAAAAGAAGAAAUGGAAUUUUAUCGUCGUGUACAUCAACAAGAAAUUGAAGAGUUACGUUCAAUAAACAAUAAUGUACAAGAUGAUCAAGAUGUUGAACAUUGGCGUCAAUUGAUGCAAAAUACAAUUCGUGAUAUUAAAUCGGAAUAUGAUAAACGAUUAGAUCGGAUUCGUGACGAGAUGGAACAAAGUUACUUAAUCAGACUGGAUGAAUUAAAUAGACAAGAUUCAUCUCAACGAACAGAGUUUAAUAGAUUACAAGAAGAAAAUUCAAAACUUAAAAGUGCUUUAGAAGGUACACGUGGUCGUGAUGAUCAGUUACGUGCAAGAUGUGACCAAUUGGAACGUUCUUUAAAUGAGUCAGUGGAAGAGUCAAGAAAUUUAAGAAAUCAAUUGAAUAAACUGAUCGCUGAAACUGAACAUGAUAAACAAGCCGCUGAAGAAGCGUUAACACGACUUCAUAAGGAAUUAUCUUCACUGACUGAUGCAAAAUUGAAUUUAGAAGCGGAAAUUGCCGCUUAUAGUCGAUUAUUGGAAGCACAAGAUUCUCUCAUAUCCUCCAAUACAAGAUCAGAUGGUGCAAAGACAAAAUCUCAUCCACAUCUACCACAGCAACCACAUCAAUCACAUCAUUCUAAUCGAUCAGGAUCGGGAAACUAUCGACCACGUAAUGAAUUAAAUAUUCAUGUACCAUCUUAUCCAACGACAACAUCAUCACAACAUCAUAAACAAUCUCAUAAUAAUGUUUCUUCUGGAAGAUGGACAGAAAGAGAAGAACCUAGUGGUCAGUCAACUAGAUCGCAUCAUUUCGUUGAGAGAUCCAUUGAAGGUAAUCAACACUUAUCUUGUAGUUAUUCUGAUCUUGACAAACAACAAAAUUCAAUGAGUCAUAGUGAAACAUUCACACGUGGUCAUUUAGUGAUUAAUGAAUGCGCCAAAAAUGGCAAUUACAUUGAAAUAACAAAUAAAGGGAAUACAGAAGAAUCAUUGUUCGGUUGGUGUCUCAUUAGAAAUAUUGACCAAGGAAGACAGAUCAUUCGAUAUACAUUUCCUAAUCACACUUUAUCACCUCAUUCAAGUGUUAAGAUAUGGGCUGGUAAACCAACUCCUACACGUAGUUCGAAUACAAGUGAUAUUGAAGCACCAUAUUCAACUUGGGGUACUGGUUCAUACAUACAAACAAGUCUAUACAAUCCAGAUGGUUUAGAAAAAGCAACACAUAUUCAGAAAUUACAGUAG